GGAAAGUUGUUUAAGGAGUAAAGCAGCCAUUAAUAAAAUGAUCCAGGUCUGAAAAAUGUGGAAGCAGGCACAAUCUCUGUUCGCGGAAGAAGAAUAUGACGACUCACAAGACAAUCUGUUGGAAGAAGCCGAAGGUCUCUGUUCUUUAUCUCCCACACAGAGAUUAUAUGGCUUCGGUGCGUGUUGUUUAGCUGGACUCCUUUGUAUGUUACUGUCGACAAUUGUGUUUGCCAUUCCGAUUAAGUUUGCUGUAUUGUUUACCUUUGGUAACUUGUUGGCUAUUGGAAGCACAGUUUUUCUUAUGGGAGCUACACGACAACUACAAAUGAUGUUUGAUCCAGUUCGUAUUUAUGCAACAUCUAUUUACAUUGGAUUCGUUGUUCUAGCUCUCAUUUGUGCUCUUGGGAUUCAUAGUAAGUUGUUAACUAUCCUUGCCAUACUAUGUGAGAUAUGUGCACUCAUCUGGUAUAGUUUAAGCUACAUACCUUUUGCUCGAGCAGUUGUUUCAAAAGUGACAAUUCGUCUUUUUGACACUGAGAUUUAGGUAAAGAGUUUUCAAGAAAAUAUUUCGUUCAUGAUCAUUAUUAUAUUCAUUUUGUUUAUUAACGUGUGUCAUCGUGGAGUCACAUGUCAUUGAAUAUAUUGUGGUUUUUUUGAAUAAUUAUUGUGUUGGAUUUCACGUAUUAUUGCAAGUUUUGGUAUUAUAUAUUGAAUGAGGGAGGAUUGAUUUGAA